AACAUACAUUUUUAUACUUUUUUCCAGAUUAUCAGAGCUUAAUAGUAAACUUGAGGGUGCCGGCGAUACUACUGAGUCCUUCAAGAUUUGGAAAGAGGAGUUGGCCCGGGUGCGUAAAAAGUCAGCGGCACCAGGCCUCAAAACCUCUGAUUCCAAGGUCUCCCUCACCGCCCAAAGUGCAUCCAAUUCUAAAUGGACUUUUGAAAUGACCCAGGUUCUUAUUAAGGCCGUGAAUCUCUUCCCUGCUGGGACCCAGAAGCGGUGGGAAGUUAUUGCUGCUUAUGUGAAUCAGCACUCAGUAGGUGUUGAGGUAACAGCCAAAGAGGCACACAAACAGGCCAAAUCUGUCAGUGAAAAUUGUAGGUACUACUAUUUGUUAUUCGGUAGUAUACCCAUAUUAGAGUGA